AUGGACACCGAAUCGCUCUCCAGCCUCAUCGAUUCUUACUCUUUCAGCGAUCACAAGGUUGAUGAGGUAAAAUGGCUUGAAAGCAUGAAAAUCUUCUUUGAAAACAAUAACCAUAGUAAUAAUAAUAAUCAGAUCCAAAAACCCCACAUUUCAAUCUUUAGUGUCCCGAAAGUCCUCUUAGCCACCCAUCCACAAUCCUAUAUUCCCCAGCAAGUAGCAUUAGGCCCCUUGCAUCAUUGGCGUCCCGAAGUGUACGAAAUGCAAACCUACAAACUCGAACGGGCACUCAAAACCCAGACGCUUAUGAACGCACGUUUUGAUCGUAUCGUCGAUACGAUGAAGAAAAACGAUGAAAAGAGAAUCCGUGGGUGCUAUCAUAGGUUCUUGAAUAUUUCUGACGACGCCCUCAUGUGGAUGUUGAUUGUCGACGUCGCGUUUUUACUUGACUUCCUUCGGUCGUACUACAAUAAUACGGAACAAGGAAUAAGUCGCCGCCGAGUGUGGUUGAUGGAGGUGUCUAGGAAGAAACUUUCACAUAUAGUGAUUCUUCGAGAUUUGGUGAUGGUUGAGAAUCAGAUCCCGUUGUUCUUGGUCAAGGAGAUGUUGGAUCAUCAAUCUGAUAUUAACGACGCCGAUGAAACACUGAAGUUGAUGCUGACAAGGGUGUACAAUGAGAUUUCUCCCUUUAAAUUAUUUGGAAAGUUUCCAAAUGUUGAAAUUGAAGAUUGUGAUCACCUACUUGAUUACAUGUACCGCAUGACGGUACACGACUACAUCAUCAAAACCGAACAUGAUCAAGAGAUGAUGAACCAUAAUGAUGAAACCGGCCAAACUACUAGCGGCGUGGAAUACGAUUCCAAAACCAAUGGAAAUGUGCCGCCACGUGGUGAUCUUGAAAAUGCUGUAGACGAAACCGUGAAUUGUCUCUCCCAUUUUAAGUCAAAACGUAUACGAGCUGUCGGGAAAAUAACAGGUAUGUUUAAAAAACAGGUUAAGAACGUGGCAGGCAGUUUGGGAGACGAUAAGAAGAGCCGGCACGAGGGGCCAUUGGUCGAUGAAAUCACGAUCCCAUCGGUCACGAAAAUGAUCCAAGCAGGGUUCACGAUUUCACCGGUGGAUGGAAGUAUAUCAGCAAUUAAUUUUUGUGACAAAACAUGUACACUUUACCUACCAAAAAUCGAAUUGGACGAGAACACAGAGGUUUAUUUGAGAAACUUGGUAGCAUAUGAAGCUUGUGUUGCAUCAGACUACCCAUUGGUGCUGGCUCGUUACACCGAGUUAAUGAAUGGGAUUAUCGACACAAAAGAAGACGCCAAGUAUCUGUGUGAAAACAAAAUAAUUGUCAGUCGUUUAAAGAGCGAUAAAGAGGUCGCGGAUCUAUGGAACGGGAUGAACAAGUCGGUGAAAUUGACAAAUGUGCCCAAAAUCGAUACCGUGAUUAGGAAUGUGAACGAUAAAUAUCGAAAGAAUUUCAGGGUGAAAAUAAAGAAUUUCUUGAGGAAACAUGUAUAUAAAGCAUGGAGGUGUUUAACAUUGAUGGCUGCUUUGUUUAUGCUCAUACUAACACUAAUCCAAGCUUUCUGCUCUGUCUAUACAUGUAAUCGUGUUGUGUACCAGGUCUCAAAUACAAUGCCAUCUCCAGGGGGUUAA